AUGUGCUUCUACCAUUUUAAGACUGCUAAGGAAGCGGCUUUCUACUGCCCAGCACCUUACGUCCUGGACCCGCCCAAUUGCUUCAACAAUGUCUCCGUGAACGGUGAAGUGAAGGACCUAGGCGAAUUGAGCGAAUCGAUGUUUACGACGCGUUCCAACCAUUUCAUCAUUCUAAAGUUCGACAGUGAUAAUAUAGGACCCGGGGAGACCCUGCGCCAGUCGCCGCCACUUGAAUGCCGAUGCAUCACUAUCAAGGGUGUCGUCCUGUCUACCAUCCAGAUCGAGAACUACUACUCCAAGGAAUGGGUAGCUCAGAUGUAG